AAGAAAACAGGUUUGCUCAAUUGCUACUGUAUUGCUAUUAGUGUUUUUACAUUUACUCCAUCGAUAUUUGUGUAGUUAAUUUUUGAUAAAAUGCAGCAGCAGAUAAAACAGGUUUAUAGAUUACUCAAAAACUAUAAAAUGGGGGAUUAUUCUACUUCAUCUCAUAGUUCUCCGUGCUACACAUCUGAAUGUGAGUCAGAGUACGAGGACUGCAAAGGAAUGUCAAAGAAAAAACAGCUCUUUAUGAUCGGACUCCUCAUGGUCAACUCCCUGUGUCUCUGGAUAACAUUUGGGAUUAGGAGCGGCUUCCUUCUGGGUUCCUUCGCUGAACACGACAUCCCCAGUGGCAUGGCAGGUCUGGUUGAGGGGAGCAUGCUACUCGGCUAUAUCCUUACCUUCGUGUCCGGACUGGGUAACUUUCUGAUGAGGAGAUACAACAGCAGAAUUUUACUGGCUGGCAACUCUGGAAUCACCGCUCUCCUGACCCUGGCUACUGGAGUUGUCUAUCUGGACCAUCGCAACCUAACCGUCGUCAUCGUCUCCAUUGGGCUGAGGAUACUCCAGGGCUGCUGCAGCUACUUCUCCUAUGUUUUCCUCUUCGACACCUUCAGCGCUCAGUUCUCGGCCUUCUUCGACUUGGCGGUAGCUCUUAACGGUCUAGCUGGGUACGCUGGAAUGGGCCUCAGUGUAACCAUUGGCUGUGUCCUCUUCGACAAGCUGGGUUACGUUACCACCUUUGCUGUUGCCAGUGCUUUCUGCAUGGUGCAGGCGCUUUUCAUGCUGUUCCUACCUCCUACUCCUACUUACCUGUCGACCCAGAAACCAGAGAACAGGGGUGAAAAUAAAGAAGAGGACAGUGUGAAGAAGGUGAACAAGUUGAGCUGGCUAACCAUCAUCCCUCUCAUCGCCUCCCUCUUCAUCAACCUGAACUUUGGAUACUUGCAGGUGACAAUGACGGAGUUUAUGCAUGAGUCACUUGGAAAAUCCUAUUCUUUCGGAGGACUAGUUUUCUCUCUUUCCACAGUGGGUCUUAUCCUUGGCAGCAUAUUCUCUGGGAUAGUACUGCAGGAGAAACUCAUCAAAGCUAACACUCAAAUGCUGUUCGGAGCUAUCCUGAUGGUAAUGGCUCUCCUGUUAGCAUUCCCUCCCGCCUCUGUAGAAUGGAUUGCUGCCUUCUCCUCCUGGCCGGCAAGUCUGUUAGCAGGAGCUGGAGAAUCAUUGGUCACCCUAGCUGCCAUCACCGCCAUGUACGACGUACAGAGAGAAGUUCGCGGAGAAGUCACCCCAAAAUGUGCAACGAACAUUGCUGGAAUGUGGGUGGUGGGCUACGCUGGUUUCUACUUUGGAGGGUCGGGGAUGGCUGGUGCAGUUAAAGGACUCUUGUCAUUCUACCACAUGUCGCUGGUUAUGGUGGGGUGCUGUGCACUUAGUGGUGUGAUGUGUGUCCUGAUUGGGUGCAUCAACAGGAAGAAGUCAAGUGGAGAGAAAACCCCUCUGCUGUCUACGUGACCCUGAACUUUCGUCUUAAAUCAAGACAAGAAACUUACUUGAUACCUUAACUGGAAGAUAAAUAAGGAAAUUUAAGGAUUAUGACUACUGCAAGUAAAGUGAAUGCUAAUAGAUCGUAAUGAUUUUAGUGCUAGGAUGAUGUUAGUGCUAGUCUCAUGCUUGUGCUAGUCUGUUAGAUGAUUUGAGGUGAUGUUAAUAACAUUAUUUGUAUCAAAUUUAGGCGACUGAAAGACAUUGCAGAACACUUUUUGUUAUUGAAUUUUCUUGAGUUAUAUAUAUUCUUGAGUUAUAUAUAUUCUUGUAUGAUGUAAAUCAUAUAAAUUUCAUCGUGAAUGAUAUUGAUUUAAACUUAUUUUCUGGAAUGAAAGUGAUAAAGCCCAAUGGCCUAGAUCAUUGUGUUAAACACAGUAGCAGUCAAACCCCUAAAGGGGUUUUUGUCUCCCCACAAUAAUUUUAUUAGCUACAUCAGAGCCGAUGAAAUUUAUAAAACAUAUGCGAACCAGAAGUGGAAAAACCAGUUUUUAACAAAAUAAGAUAAGAGCAGACAAUGUGGAAUACCGGGUUUGACUGUAAGACUUCUCCAGAUGAAAGCUGGAUUUAAUUUAUCUGGUAAGAUAAUGAUAAGUGCUACUGCGAUUACGUAGAGUAAUUUGAUUACGUGACGUAAUUUGAUGUACAUAGAGGUCGUCUGAUAUUUAUUAUGUUAAUAACUACUUGGAUGGCAAAUUGCAGCUGCGCAAUUAAUAUU